AUGAGAGCGCCAACUCCCGUACAAACUUCGGCUCCUCCCCCGCCUAGAGAGACCCCCAGACAGGCCCCCCCGCAGCCCUCGCCACAGCAGCCUGUCCAGUUGACUAUGCAGCCAGCCCCAAGGCCAGCGGCUACAGAGAUCAAUUCUACUCCCAUGCGCUCUCCUCCCCGGGCCCCGGCAGCGCUUAGAGCCCCUCCCACCGGCCCGGCCGCCUCCCGCAACUUCACCUCCCCCGUGGCACCCAUCCCGCAACACUCGACCCCUCAAAUCCCCCCGAGCGGCCCAGCCCGGGAUACUACUAGUCCUAGCAUCCCGCCCUCCGGACCCCGCGGCUACAUCGCUCCCUCC